AUAUGUAUGUGUGUACAUAUAAAAGAAAAAGAAAAUAUUUUCCCAAAGAAUGGUUGAUCAUUGUUUCUAACCUUUUAAACAAAUUUCCCUUAUAAGCAACAAUUUAAAUUAAAAAAUUGUUUUUAUAUAGAAAUAAUUAAGAACUCAAGUUAUUUUGUUAUUUACCUAUGAAUAUUGAAUUCUAUACACAAUGGAUUAUCAAGAUACGACCAAGAGUGAUACCAAUGACAAUUGUAAUUCAAAUUCCACAUCAGAAGUAAUAACAAAUACAAAAACUAAUGACAAUUCGUCAAAUAAUACAUUUGAUGGGUGUAUUGAUAAUACGAUACAAGCACAAGAUGCCACUGCCACUACCUCGGAUAAUAAAUCAGAAGAGAACAUAGACUUCAAAGUAAUCUAUAACAAGCAAAAGAUUAACGUCAAUUUUCAGGCGGACGGAACAGUGUUAGAAUUAAAACACUAUCUUCAAAAUAUUAUCUCCGUACCUGAGGCUAUGCAAAAAGUUAUGUUCAAAGGUCUAGCCAAGGAUAAUCAAACAUUGAAAAGUUUAGGAAUAGUAAAAGGUGCUAAAGUAAUGAUAGUGGGUUCGAAAUUGGAUGAUGUGCUGGCUGUGUCAAUCCCUACAAAGCACGAAUUCGCCGAAGAAUCUGCAAGUGCUUCAAGCAAAGAACCAUUAUCACAACAAAAGUUGCAUCGAAAAGUACUCGAUAAAGGCGUCCCUGAAGAUGCGAUGCCCGGAAUUUUAGAUUCUAAGGAGCCAUUGCCUGACGUCCCACUGGCUGGAAUGCUUAAUAAAUCAGGCGGUAAAGUCAGAUUGACAUUUAAACUAGAAAAUGACCAGUUAUGGAUUGGCACAAAAGAAAGGACUGAAAAAAUUUCAAUGAAUUCGAUAAAAGGCGUUCACAGUGAACCAAUUCACGAUCAUCCAGAAUAUCACAUUAUGGCAAUUCAACUAGGUCCUACUGAAGCAUCAAGGUACUGGAUAUAUUGGGUUCCAGCACAAUACAUAUCGGCUAUCAAAGAUGCAAUUCUCGGAAAGUGGUGCUAUUUUUGAUUCAAAUUUCGUAAAUAUUUCAUAUCGUAACAUAUUAAGGGUAAGAAAACAAAAGAAUGAUGUAUACAUCGAGAUAAAGGACUGUCCUAGUCAAGCAUAUAACGGUAAUUGAAAUAUUAACUUAUUGCGUAUUAAAAUUAUGUUAUGUAGUA